UUACUACUCUAGUCUACUUGUUUUGCAAGGCAUUCUUUAAUUCUAUAAUCUAUUCCAACUUCCAAGUGUAGAACAAUUGAGAGAUUUCUUUGUCAAACAAAACCAAAAUCAAUUACCCUUCAUUUCACCUUCUUCUCCACCGCUAACUGUAAUCCCUCAAUAUAUAAACAACCCCCAAAUAUUUGGAAAAUUCUCCUUUUUUUUAAAAAAAAAAAACAAAUUAUCAUACAAAACUCCCUUUGAAUUGUACCCUUUUGAAGAAUCUCCCUCUCUCUCAUCGCCAUUGAAAUUGUUUCUUCAAACUCUACUACAAUGGCGACUGUUAAUCGUGAAGCAAUUGAUACUUUUAUGAGCAUCACCGGUGCACCUGAGGCUGUUGCUACGCAAAGGCUUCAGGAGUUCGGUGGCAAUCUCAAUGAAGCUGUUAAUGCACAUUUUAGCGAGGGGGAUAGAAAUGUUAUGCAGGAAGCCUCUAUUACUGGUACUACCACACCAAAUGAUCUCAUGGAUAUAGAUGAUCCCCCAGUAACAGAGCCUCAUGGACCUGCAUCACUACUUUCUGCUGCCAGAGGAACCAAUCCCUUUUCCAUACUUGAUCCAGCCUUUGGGAGGAGCCUAUUUGAAACUAGAAACCUUUUCGAUACCAGUUCUGAGAUCAUGGGACGUGCCCCAUUUGUCUCUCAGCCAAGAGAAGUUAGAGAAAUUCCCAUAGAAGUCAAGGAUGGGGGUGAAAAUUUAGCUGCUCCUUCUGGUCAUGGUCCAAGGAUUGAGGAUGUCACAGACUCUAUUGAUGCAGAGGGACCUCAAACACAUGGAACUGUCAUUGUUGAGGAUGAAGAUGAUGAUAUAAUCCCUGGGAAUUUAGGAGGUGGUUGGAAUAGCUCUAGACCUAGUGCACCUCAAUUUGAUGAUUCACGAGAUUAUGCGACGAAUGAUAUCGAAGAAGAAAUGAUUCGAGCUGCCAUCGAGGCUUCCAAGAGAGAUACUGAACUCCAAACUACUCAAGGGUUGGAUAAUGUUAGCCGGCAGCAAGUGCCUCCUCAACGAGAUGAUGUCGAGCUUGAACACGCCGUAUCUUUAUCUUUAAAGACAGCAGAACAGGAAGUUCUUCAAAGAGAGACGAGUCUCAAGGCUGGAGCUUCUGGUUCAACUGCUAAUGAGCCUCUGGAGGUGGAAGAGCUAGGGAAAAUAGAAGAAUCAAAUAGAAGGCAAGAUGUUAGUUCUUCUGACAAGCCUUCUUCAAUUCACCAUAAGAAAGAAGCAGGGAGCUCAUCCAUCCAAGAUGAAGCCGAUGAUAUGGAUGAACAACCACUGGUCCGGAAUAGGUCAAGGCGUAGGUCUUCCGCUUCAACGGCCCAAGGGGAAGUUGCUGAAUCAGAUGUUAGUCCUGUUCUGGAUCCUCCACAAACAAAUGUUGCUAGUGAGACUCAUCCCAAUGGAACUGCUUUUCCUUCAGAUGAGUGGGGAGGUAUCUCCUCUGUAGAGCAUGAUGAAGCAGUUAUGUUGGAGGCUGCCAUGUUUGGUGGAAUCCCUGAGGGUGGAUUUCGUGCACCUUAUGCUCCAAAUCAUCUGAUGCACCCUGGCUUUGGUACAUCAUGGAGAAUGCCUCGUCCUCCCUCACCGGGUCUUGUUGCGCAGCGUGCAAUUCGGGAACAGCAGGAUGAUGAGUACCUUGCUGCUUUGGAAGCUGAUAGGGAAAGGGAAAUGAAGGCUGUAGAGGAAGAAAAAGCAGCUAGGGAAGCUGCAUUGGAAGAGCAGAGGCUAAAGGAGGAAGAAUCGCGUAGAAAAUUAGAGGAGGAACAGGAGCUUGAGAGGCAAUUGGCUGCAAAAGAAGCCUCCCUUCCUGAGGAACCAUCAUCGAAUAAUGAGAAUGCUGUAACUCUUCUUAUUAGAAUGCCUGAUGGCAGUCGACGUGGCCGCCGGUUUCUUAAGUCUGAUAAAUUGCAGUCACUUUUUGACUUCGUUGAUAUUGGGAAAGCAGUCAAACCUGGCUCUUAUCGAUUGGUAAGGCCUUACCCUCGCCAAGCAUUCAGCAGUGGAGAGUGCAACGUGACCUUAAACGAUCUUGGCUUGACAAGCAAACAAGAAGCUUUGUUUUUGGAGUUGAUUUGAGACACUCCAAAUUUGUAGAAAUUAAUGUCUAAUCCCAUUCAGUAAUUAUUAGAAUUAUAUAUAUAAUUUACAUGCACAUGGAAGUUUAUACAUGUUUGGGCUUUUGACUAGCUUUUCUAGUACAAGUAACUCCCAUGUGUUUAAAGGAGUUGGAAAUGGAAAAUCAUGUUCAUGGGCAA